CUCCAACCACUAAGCCACAGAAAGAAAUGAAAGAAACAGAAAAUAAUUAACAACCCUAUUGGACUCUUCUCUACACUGCCAGCCUUUCCUUCUUUGUUCUAAGCAAAGAAACACACCAAAAUUGUCAGCCAUAAAAUUUCUUCCUCACAGAAACUCGUUUGGUUACUGAGAAAAUGGGAACAAAUGAGGCUGGAGGAGUUCAUUACCACUCGGAUACAGAGAUCAUCGAUGGUAAUGAAAAAAUGGCGAAUUACAGCGGUCCGCUGAGUGGACCUCUCAGCGGACCACUGAACAAAAAAAGAUCAGGCACAAAGAAGAAUGCCAAGUUCAACACACCGGAGCCAAUCUCUGCUACCAAGCCUGGCAUUAGUUCAAAUGAUGAAGAAUCUUAUGUCGAGGUCACUCUGGACGUCCGAGAUGAUUCUGUGGCGGUUCACAGCGUAAAACCUGCCGAUCAUCCUCAUCAUGAAGAUCACGAAGAUCAUGUUGAGCUGCUGGGAAAAGGGUUGGAGAAGAGCCCAUCUUCGCUUAGCUCCUCGGUUGUUCGAAAUGCUUCAUUUCAUAUCAAGCGCCUGGCCUCGUUUUCAAAACAAGCAGUAGUAGCAGCAGUGCCUCAUCAUCAUCCGCGAAGGCGGUUUGAUCGAACACAGUCAGCGGCUGCCCCUGCAUUGAAGGGCCUCAAGUUCAUCAGCAAGACUGAUGGGAAUGAGUGGCCUGAAGUUGAGAAGAGGUUCUGCAAGCUCACUGCUUCCACCAAUGGCCUGCUUCCCCGUGCACUUUUCGGGGAAUGUAUAGGAAUGAACAAGGAAUCGAAAGAGUUUGCAGGGAAGCUUUUUGAUGCGCUUGCUCGAAAGCUCGACAUCAAAGGCGAUUCUAUCAAUGAGGAUCAGCUGAAAGAGUUAUGGGAUCAAAUCUCUGAGCAGGGAUUUGACUCCAGGCUUCAAACUUUCUUUGACAUGGUUGAUAAAGAUGCAGAUGGAAGAAUCACCAUAGAGGAAGUCAAAGAGAUUAUUAGCUUCAGUGCUUCUGCCAACAAGCUCUCAAACAUCCAAAAACAAGCAGAUGAGUAUGCAGCAUUGAUCAUGGAAGAGUUAGAUCCAGACAAUCUCGGAUACAUCAUGAUAGACAGCCUCGAAACGCUCUUGUUGGAAGGACCGGAGGAGACUGCAGCUGCGGCAAGAGGAAAAGACAGCCGAAACCUAAGCAGAAUGCUGAGCCAGAAGCUCAAGCCUACAAGAGAGCAUCCACUAAUAAGAUGUUAUAACAAUACAAAAUACUUCUUGCAAGACAAUUGGAAGAGGGUUUGGGUAAUGAUCCUGUGGCUCGGAAUCAUGUUAGGCCUAUUCGUGUACAAAUUUAUGCAGUAUCGAAACAAGGCAGCGUACGAAGUAAUGGGACACUGCGUCUGCAUGGCGAAAGGUGCAGCGGAGACACUCAAAUUCAACAUGGCGCUCAUUCUCCUCCCGGUCUGCCGGAACACCAUAACCUUGCUCCGAAACAAGACCAAACUAGGAGGCGUUGUCCCCUUCGACGACAAUCUCAAUUUCCACAAGGUGAUAGCUGUGGGGAUUGGGAUUGGAGUUGGGAUACAUGCAGUCUACCAUAUGGCCUGCGACUUCCCGAGGCUCAUUCAUGCGAACAGCGAUGACUACGAGCUGAUGAAGCCAUUUUUCGGGGAGGUGCAGCCUUCAAGUUACUGGUAUUUCGUGAAAUCUUUGGAGGGAGUGAGUGGGAUUGUCAUGGUGGUUUUGAUGGCGGUUGCAUUCACAUUGGCUGCUCCUUGUUUCAGAAGAGGUAAAGUUAACCUGCCUAAGCCUCUGAAUAAGCUCGCUGGGUUCAAUGCCUUUUGGUAUUCCCACCACCUUUUCGUCAUAGUCUAUGUCCUGCUGAUUAUCCAUGGAGUUCACCUGUAUCUGACCAAGAAAUGGUACCAGAAAACAACAUGGAUGUACCUAGCUGUUCCACUCACACUCUAUGCUGGUGAAAGAUUAGUUAGGGCACUCAGAUCCAGCAUCAAGCCUGUUCAGAUUCUAAAGGUGGCUCUCUAUCCUGGUAAUGUCUUGGCACUUCAUUUGUCCAAGCCUCAAGGCUUCAGAUACCAUAGUGGGCAAUACAUGUUUGUUAAUUGUGCUGCUGUGUCGCCAUUUGAAUGGCACCCGUUUUCCAUCACCUCGGCCCCCGGAGAUGACCACCUCAGUGUUCAUAUCCGGAUCGUCGGAGAUUGGACCCGACAACUUAAAACGGUGUUCUCACAGGUAUGCCAACCACCUCCUAGUGGGAAAAGUGGACUUCUCACAGCUGACCACAUGCAAGGAGCUGACAACUUGAUAUUUCCAAGAGUGUUGAUAGAUGGACCCUAUGGAGCACCAGCUCAGGAAUACAAGACCUAUGAAGUGGUGUUGUUGGUAGGGCUAGGGAUUGGGGCGACCCCAAUGAUUAGCAUUUUGAAGGACAUAGUGAACAAUAUCAAGGCCAUGGAGGAAGAGGAGGAGGACAAUGCUUUAGAAAAUGAUGGUGGUGGUGGUGACGGUGGCACCAAGUUACCACACAAAUCAUCAAAAACACAUACUGGAUCGGCCUUUACGAGACAUCAUAAUUUUCAGAUCAAGAGGGCGUAUUUUUAUUGGGUGACACGGGAACAGGACUCCUUUGAUUGGUUCAAAGGAGCGAUGAAUGAGGUGGCGGAAUUGGACCACAACAGGGUGAUUGAAUUUCACAAUUAUUGCACUAGUGUGUAUGAAGAAGGUGAUGCACGUUCUGCCCUCAUUGCCAUGCUUCAGUCUUUGAGUCAUGCAAAGAAUGGUGUCGACAUUGUCUCCGGCACACGUGUGAAAUCGCACUUUGCCAAGCCAAACUGGCGUGAGGUCUACAAGCGGAUUGCACUCGAUCACACCGAUGCUACAGUUGGGGUGUUCUACUGCGGGCCACCGGCCCUUACCGAAAAGCUACGCCAGCUGUCCCUCGACUUCUCUCACAAAACCUCCACCCGAUUUGAGUUCCACAAAGAAAACUUCUGAUAACACAAGUCUGUCCACCACAUUAUAUAUAUAAUUAUAAUUAUACAAGUUAAUUACAGGUUGGAUUGAAGAGAUGUGCAAACCAUGUUGUACAAUGAUGUAAUCGUCGUAAUUAUCUCAACUCUUCUUUAUGUCUCAUUAUCAUGUGAGAUGAGAGAGAAUGAGAGAAGAUAAUAUUUUGUAAUAAUAGAAUCUCUCAGGUUUGAAGAGAAAUUCUUGGGUACGGCUGACGCAGCAACACACUCAUUAGGAUUUGAGACUCACAUGUAAGGUCACGUAUUGUUAGGAUGUUGCCGUGUGCAGCAGCCGCAUCUUGAAUUCUCCCGUGUUGUAGCAUAAAGUUUGUAUUCGAGUUAUUUUCUUUUUCCUUAA